AGUGAGCUCCUUUCAAUAUAACACCAGGCCUCAAGUUGGAACUGCUGGAAUUUGGAAAAUAUCCGACUUUUAAAUGGAGGACCAGGGCGAUGUCAUGGACCAAGCCGCUGGUAAGCUGAGUAGUUCAAAAGCCCAGGGCUCCAGAAACCGAUGUGCUAACGAUGACCCCAUUAUGGGCCCUCAGACUCAGAGUCGCCAGAACUCGUCGAGCAUGCUGAACUUAAUGGAUGCCAGUUCCUUCAGUAUGCCGCCACCCAAUCUCCACUCCUCGAAGGUGAUCAAUCCGAACAAGGCGAUAUUCACCAUAGACGCGAAUACGGGACAGAUCUUCAUAGUGAACAACAAGGCCUGCCAAUUACUGGGCUACACGUCCCAGGAGCUAAGGAACAAGGGAUUCUUCGAUCUACUGAAUGGCAAGACGGAGAGUCACAUCUCAUCGCUGGCGGAGAUGCAGAUCGAGGGCGACGAGGGCCGGGUGAUCCUGCUGAGCGGAAAGGUGAUCGAAAUGAAGACCAAGACGGGCAACAAGAUCCUGGUCUCGCUCUGGAUUCGCCAGAUUAGCAAUGAUGGCCGGCACAUUGCCGUGGCCGAACCUGUUGAGAGGCACAUCUGCCACAUUAGCACCGAUCGAUUCGGGGUUAUUACAUCCGCUGACUCCACCACGGCCACUAUAUUCUUUUACGAAUCCACCGAGAGCGUUGUGGGCGUCAAUAUCACCGCACUGAUCCCGUUUAUAAAGAUGCCCGAUCCGGAUAGCAGAGAAAUCUCAAAGAGUCUGCGAAAGCAGAGAGCCACGGGACGGACUACGGAUAAUGUAAAGUUUCCCCUGUGCCUACUGAUAGCUUUGGAUGAGAAUUCGGGAACAGGAGGAUACUCGGUGUUCAACAUCACCGUCUGGGUGUUCCAAAAUCUCAGCGGUUUGAUUGUGGUGGAUGAUAUUGGCAACAUACUGAUGUGCAAUCAGCCCUUCUCCCUGCUGAUGUUCGGUUAUGGUCAGGACAAGAUCUUGAACAUGCAUAUAUCGGCCAUACUACCGAAUUUCGGAAAGGACUCGCGGGAGGACAAGAGUCCCAAUGUGUCAAACACCUCGAUAACCAGCAACGACUGGGAGCCCGACACGGAUCCCUUUGUCCUGGACAACGACUCCUCGCUGCAGUCGUGUAAAAAGAAGGUACCACCACCCACUAACGAACCCUCCUCGAUGAGUGAGGCCCAUCUGGAGACCAGCGGUGGGUUGUUCUGCGAUCUCCGGCAACCGGAUGAUUGCACCAUAGAUGACAUCCUAACACCCGUCAAUGCCUCGAACAGUUUUCCCGCCGAUGAGUUCGAGGGAGGAUCGCAAUCGCAUAUAAACGAGAUGUCGCUCGACAAGGCAAAGUCCACGUCCUCGGAGACAUGUGAUGCCUCGGGAAGUAAUCCUGCCACUAGGCUACUGAGCUCCAUCAACGGUAGCUUUGUGGGCGAGGCCAUCCAUGCCGAUGGCUCGGUCAUCGAGGUGGUCUACUCCGUUCUCCUCCAGAUCCUGCCCUGCUCCAAUCGGGUGUACUGCAUCUGGGUGUGCCGAAAUCCCAGCACCCGAUUGGAUGGUGAAAAGUACAACUAUGCGAACCUAACGUCCACUUUUAAUAGCAUGGCCAGCACCAUUGAGCAGUCACUGGGUCAGGUCAUAAAGACCACGGCGGCCCAGAACUCGAGUAGACCCAAUUCCCUGUCACUCGCGUCCAAGUACGAGGAUGAGCUCUAUCUGGGAGACUAUAGCAAGCACUAUACAUCCAUUCGGCAGAUCGGAAGGGGAGCCUACGGGUAUGUGAACAUGGCCUUUAGGAACUCAGAUCGCCUGCUGGUCAUCACCAAGUUCAUUCUCAAGGAGAAGCUCUGCUCUCAGUUUAUGGUCAAGAACCGCGACUGCAAGGAAGUUCCUAUCGAGAUCCAUCUGCUGCAGACCCUGAACCACAAGAACAUUGUGUCUGUACUGGAUGUGUUCGAAAAUGACCUGUUCUAUCAGCUGGUAAUGGAGAAACACGGCUCCGGAAUGGACCUGUGGACAUUCAUAGAAAGACGUCCAUUGAUGGAUGAAAAACUGGGCAGCUAUAUUUUCCGGCAGGUGGCCGAUGCCGUCAACUAUUUGCACGAACAGAAGAUACUGCAUCGCGAUAUAAAGGACGAGAAUAUUAUAAUAGAUCACAACUUCAAUAUAAAGCUGAUCGAUUUCGGAUCGGCUACUUUUAUGGAGGAGGGCAAGUUCUUCUCAACGUUUUACGGCACUACGGAGUACUGCAGUCCGGAGGUCCUAGCCGGAAAUAGAUACGUGGGUCCCGAACUGGAAAUUUGGGCCCUGGGCGUAACCCUGUACGUUCUGAUGUUCUUCGAGAACCCCUUCAUCGAUGUGGAGGAAACACUGAAGGCCGAAAUCCAGAUACCUAAAGCGGUUUCCGAGCAAUUGAGUCGUCUACUGAGUUCCAUGUUGAACAAGGAUCCAAAAUACCGCUGCACCAUGCACCAGUUGAUAACCGAUCCCUGGCUCACCCAGGAGGUAAAUCCUUCGCUGUUUAGUUUCUCCUGGAUUGUUCCCUGCAAGGCCCACGAGGCGAAUCCGGAUCUGUACUUCUCUGGUUACCUAUACUCCAGCACUUCGGUGCUGUCCACUAUUUCGCCACAGGAGAGCUUCUCGCACAUCGAAGAGUCCUCGAUUGGGGGCAGUGAUGAGGCGAGAUUGGCCUCUCACAGGACCGGAGGACACAAGCUGUGUGUCAAUGAAGCCAAACACAACAAGAUGGACACACUCUAUGCGAAACAGUUCCAGUUAAACACCUCAGUAAGUAAUCACGAACUGAGGGUCUCGUUACCUGAAUCCAGCCACCCAGAAAUCGGAGGUUCUAUAUGCUCUUCGAAGUCCGAAAACGACAUUUUUAAGAACAAACUCGAACCCUGCGUCUCUGCUUAUAACGUAGUUAGCUUGCACGACGUGAGCUCGAAACCUAAAACUCUUGAUCUAAAGUAAAGUUCUAUAUCUGUUGUACAUGUGUAAAUCGAAUAUAUGCAUACUGUCAUAUGUAAAUAGCACCAUCUGUGAGAGGACAAUUAAGGCU